AUGGUUGCAGUUGAAGAGAUGGAGCUCUCCUCAGAGCAAAGCACGUCCACUCAACUGGUCACAAUCAAGAAGGGUGGCCUUAGAACCAUGCCUUGUAUCAUCGCAAACGAGGCAUUGGAAAGGGUUGCAAGCAUUGGGCUUCAUGCAAAUAUGAUCUUGUACUUGUUAUAUGAAUAUAACAUGGAGGCCGCCACCGGAGCUAGUAUCUUGUUCUUGUGGUCAGCCAUAUCGAACUUUACGCCCAUCUUCGGGGCUUUUCUCUCCGAUUCUCACUUGGGUCGCUUUCGUACUAUCGCAUGGGGAUCAAUUGUUAGCCUGCUUGGGACGACUAUGUUAUGGUCAACAGCAAUAAUUCCACAUGCAAGACCAGUCCAUUGCAACAACCCAUUAAAAGAAAAAUGUGUCUCAGCAAACACAGCCCAACUGAUGCUUUUGCUUGCAUCAUUUGGUCUCCAGUCGAUUGGAUCUGGUGCGAUCAAGCCAUGCUCAAUGGCCUUUGGAGCAGACCAGAUGGACAAGCCAGACAACCCCAAGAAUGAAAGGGUUUUGCAGAGCUUCUUCAAUUGGUACUAUGCUUCAGUUGGAGUCUUUGUCAUGUUUUCAGUGACAGCCAUAAUUUAUGUUCAGACGCAAUUUGGUUGGGUUGUGGGUUUUGGGAUUCCUGUAGGCCUCAUGUUCUUGUCCGCUCUUCUAUUUUUCUUGGGAUCUUCCCUUUAUGUUAAAGUGCCUCCAAACAAGAACUUGUCUGCUGGCCUUGUUCAAGUGAUUGCGGCUGCUUGGAAAAACAGACACUUGGCGUUGCCCGUGUCACCAAAGAAUUUUGAUGCAUGGCAUUGUAUCAAAAGUUCAAAGUUUGCCACUCCAACGGAUAAUUUAAGGUGCCUAAAUAAGGCUUGCAUGAUCAGAAGUCCUAAGCAGGACAUAGCUUCUGAUGGGUUGGCCAACGAACCAUGGAGUUUGUGCACUGUAAGACAAGUGCAAGAGCUGAAGGCACUGAUCAGAAUCCUGCCCAUUUGGUCUACUGGCAUUAUAAUAGCGAUGACGACCACCCAACACUCAUUCGCUGUGCUCCAAGCAAACGCCAUGGACAGGCACAUCCUGGGCAAAAUCCAAAUCCCAGCAGCCUCCCUUUCCACGUUUGGCGUUCUCACCCUGGUAAUAUGGGUGGCCAUCUACGACCGGAUACUAGUCCCGCUGGUGGCCAAGUACACAAAAAGACCGCGUGGGUUUACCUUCAAGCAAAGAAUAGGGGCAGGACUAGUAAUCUCUUGUUUGGCCACAGCUGUGGCAGCAGAGGUUGCAAGGCAGAGAAGAAAAACAGCAAUUGAGGCGGGUUUUCUGAGCAACCCAGGGGGUAUAGUGAGCAUGUCUGCCAUGUGGCUGGUGCUACAGUACUGCCUGUCUGGACUUUCAGAGGCUUUGAAUUCAAUUGGGCAGCUAGAAUUCUACUACUCUCAGUUCCCAAAGAGCAUGUCCAGUAUUGCAAUGGCUCUUUUGUCAUUUGGGGGUGCAUUUGGGAGCUUGCUUGGGAGUUUGGUUGUGAACAUUGUGGAUGAUGUGACCAAAAAAGAUGGUGUGAGUUGGGUUUCAAAAAACCUCAACAAGGGUCACUAUGAUUAUUACUAUUGGCUUCUUACUGUUUUGAAUGUGGUAAAUUUCUUCUACUUUAUACUGUGUGGUUGGUUAUAUGGGCCUUGUGAAGACAAAAAUAAUUGGGAUGAGGAAGAAGAAGGCAUGAAAGAGAUGGAAGAGAUGGAAGAAUUGUCGAUCAAGUCCGGCGAGUAUGCAGUUGUCUACUUAUCAGCUUGA